GCCUCCAGUAACCUUCCAACACACACACACACAUACAUACACACACACAGAGAACCGGAGGGUGUCCGGCAGAUAUCACUGCUGCUGCCACAUUCCUCCGCUCGGAAAAAAGAACCCCACAGACUUUUUGGAUACUCUUAUUUUUUUCUUUUGGAUUUUAAUGCCUGACUUAAUCACUCAGCUAGCACUACUUUCGGGUAGUUCGCCUUUCUUCUGCGGCGACGAGGGGCUGCGGUACGGCGCUGAACGAAUCCGGACGCUGGGUUUAGGUGUUCUCUCACAGCCCCUCUCUGGAUGCAUCAAACUCCCCCUCCCCGGGGCCCUGGACCCGGUGCGUGACCCCCACGCUCUCGCCCGCUCCCCUCCCAGUCUCUUCUCCCUCUGCUUCAAGAUCCCCGCCUCCUGCCCACCCCGAAGCGCCCGCUCCCGGCCCCCUGCCUCUCGACCGUUUGGCGGAGGCAGGGGGCAAUGGCGCCAUGGUAGCUCUCAGUGGACGCGACCUUCUCACUAUGAGCGCCGCCUCCGCUUCGGAGGACAAGGUUCAGGGGUCAAACCUUACCCCCCAUCACUUCAAGCCCUUCGGCUCACAUGAACACUACAAACAGGUGAUGUGUGCUUUCCAUAAGCUUCAGGAGAGUGGCUUUUACUGGGGGGCUCUUGGGGGCCGAGAAGCCAGCUCGCUGUUGCGGUCGGAACCCCCUGGAACCUUCCUGAUCCGGGACUCGUCGGAUCAUCACUACUUCUUCACGCUGUCUGUGAAGACCACCCUGGGAACAAGGAACCUGCGCAUUCACAGCAGCGAGGGCGGCUUCUUCCUUCAACCGGACCCUCAGAGCACCCAAAGGAUCCCGCGCUUUGACUGCGUGCUGAAACUCAUUGCACAUUUCAUGGGGAAAGGGACGGACGCUGGAGGUCCCCGAGACGAGGCGAGUGGAGGCGCUUCGGAGGAGACGGUGACAAAGAAGAGGGGACAAAACGUGUAUUUGAUUCACACUGCGGGAGAGAAGAUCCCGCUGGAGUUACAUCGCCCCCUCUGCACCUCUCUGUCGACUCUGCAGCACAUGUGCAGGAGGACGCUAAACGACAGAGGCCUGGUGGGGACAGGGACUGAGGACAUCCCCAGCACGCUCAGAGACUUCCUAAAGGCGUACGAUGCUCCAAUUUGACUGACAGGAACUACGGAUGAAAUGUCUGACAGACAGCACAGAACAGCCGCCGCCAACAUUCAGUAGAAUUUCGGCGCCAUUACUGACUGACCAAACUGAGCCUGAGAUACUAAAGUAAGGCCAGUUUUUCUUAGUGGCCAGAUUCAGCCAAUGGCAGAUCUUUGUAAUGAACGGCAUAAACUUUCUACCUAGAGUCGUGGAGAAGGAGUGCGAUUUGGGUAACUGGUUGGUCUCUCUUCAGUUCUGCCUUUGGAAAAACGAACACGAGUGGCAGAUGAAGGCCAGAAGGCCAUCGUUUGUCUCGCUCAGACGCAGAGCAAUGCCUCGUAGAAGAUUAACCCCGAUUGGUCGAUGUAAACCGCAAAGUCGAUUCACCGCCAGAUCCCAGCGGGUUUCGCAGGUUCAAAAGACCUUGCCUCUGUAAUAUUCGCAACGCGUCCAAGAGAAAAGAUGCUGAGAGGGAGGUGAAUCAAAGAGGAGUCAAAGGAGAUGGAGGGGGCAAAAAGAAAAAUCCUAAAUAUGGAACACGACCCACAUUAUUUGUUUGGGGAUGAAUGUUUUAGUGUUGUGGUGAGGGCACAAACUUCCAUUGUUGUUUCUUACAAAUGUUGCCACAUUUGUGGGAAGUACCAUGCGCACUAAUCACACUCAAACAUGCAGGUACAGGUUAUUUAUGAAGGUUUUGUAAGAGUGAGACAAAAAAAAAAAACAUUAUUACCAAGCAUUUUUCUCCUUUUCCGCUUUUAUUUUGUUCCCUUUUUUACCAAUAAUCCUUAUUUUUGAUGCUUUGACAGAAAACAGACUACUGUCGCCGAGACAAAAGCUUGUUACUGGCAUAAAAGCUUUGGGUGGGACUAAACAAAGAAGCAGAACUUUAUUUUUGUCCUGACUGGGUGGAAAAAUGUCAGCGACACCGUAAAGCUCACUGGGAAUUGACAACGAUCCCAGAGAUACGAGAGAGUUGGCUUAGGGGGUAAGAAGGAGAAGAAGGAGAAGGAGGAGAAUGGCAAGCGGGAAAGAGAUUAGAAAAGGGAAAUUGAAGAGGAUGGAGAAGCAGGGUGGUGGAGAAGGGGAGGAGACAUACCGGUAUACAGCCUAACAAAAACACUGAUGGGAUUGAGGAUAAGAGUUCAACGGGGACGCUGCUCCUGUAAACAAAACGCGAUGAAAGAAAAGUCUCCGUUUAGUCUCAAUUGUGCCUCUUAGGCUUUCUCAGGUGUACAGCUUUUUCUUCGCUCAUGUCUUUGUUCUCACUCUUCCAGCUGAGCUUUGUAGAAAAAUGUGGGCUUGCUUUUGACCCCAUUUGUUUUGGUCUUGUUUUUCUCUGAGAAGGAGACAAGUGUUGGUUUUGCCUCCAUGAAAGAAAAAAGGCACAAAAGUUCCCCAAAGAAUCCAAAUCUGACCUAAAUGUUUAGAUUUUUUUCCCCCCAGAGAAAUAGACAAAUAUUGGCUGCAUGACAAAAAAAAGGCCAAAAUUCCCCCCCCUCAGAAAAGUUAUAUGGUAAAUUAUUAACCCAAAUGUGUCCUAAAAGUUUAGUCUUUUCUAUUUGCCCUCCUCUCAACCUACCUUAGAUCCAGAAAGAAGAACAUUUUCUGUGCCUUUUUAUUGUUUUUUAACCUUUUUUUUUAAGCAGGCGCAUUAAAUCACAGGACAGAUCUGGGUUUUAACUCUUCAAAGUAGUUUUUUUUUUAUAUACUUACAUGUGCUGCAGCAGUGGACCAUGUGUAGAUAAAUCAUUUGUCUUUUAUAAAGACUCUUGCUAUAAACGCUGGCCACUAGUCUGGCAACAACAAAAAAGAAAAAAAAAACACAAACUGUAACAUCUGAAAUGACAAAACAUUA